AUGGUAACUACAGUUUAUACAGCCACCCUUCAAAGAGAGAGUCUGCAGCAUCAGAAACCACUACCACCACACUCCUGGUCCCCAGGACCUCGCUCGCCCUACACUAUGAUGGGAGGCAUCUCCAUGCUGAUUACAUCACGAGCGGUAGUGCAAGCGGUGAGCAAUCGCCUGUGUGAGGCGAGGGGCGGGAGAGGCUCUCGCGCCUGCGUACUUUGCCCGAAGAAGACGCCCUACCGGAAGCGUCAUCUGCCUCUCCCGCCUUACUCUAUCCUUCUACACUUGGAAUUGAAACUACAAUGGACUACGGUAUUUCUACACUUGAAAAUAAAUCUACACCUGUCGCUUUCUGUAACGCUAACUUCCAAGGCAUAAAUAAUAUCCUCCAAAAUUCUAGUGAACAGAAAUCAACAUCAAAUGGACUGUUUCCGGUAACAGCUAACUUUGAAGAAGCUUCUAGUACGAUAACUAAUACUAUAAAUUAGAGACUUAUUUAUAGUUGAGUAGGUUGUUAAAAUACAUAAAUUAGAAGUAUUUGUUUCAUUAAAUUAUUAUUAUUAUGCUUGUUGACUGAUUACCACUACCUAGUGAUAUAUAUAUAUACUGUACAUACUACAUAAUAUAAUGUACUGGUAUAGCUUA